AUGUCUCAGAAACUCCAAGUCGCCGUCGCUGGUAUUGGCCGCAUGGGGAUGCGCCAUGCCCGUCAUUUCGCCAACUUCACGCCUCGUGCGGAGCUCAUUGCCGUGUGCUCUCCUGUACAGGCUGAGUUAGAUGCUGCAAAGGCCGAAUGGCCCGAUGUGCGCACCUACAAGGACUACGAGGACAUGCUCAACUCGGAGAAGACUCUGCAGGCCGUGGUCGUUGCCAGUGCUACCACCGUCCACGCCGAGCAGGCCAUCAAGGCCAUUGAGCGCGGAUUGCACGUUCUCUGCGAGAAGCCCAUCUCCACCAGCCCUGAGAUCUCACAAACCGUCGUCGACGCCUACGCGGCCUCCAUUAAGAAGUUCCCCGCUCAGAAGGUGAUCUGCGGUUUCUCCCGCCGGUUCGAUGCCUCCUACCGUGACGCCCACCGCCGCAUGGCCAGCGGCGACUUCGGGACCCCUUCCGUCUUCCGCUCCCAGACCUGCGACAAGCUUGACCCCAGCGGCUUCUUCGUCGCCUACGCUGAGUUCUCCGGCGGAAUCUUCGUCGACUGCUCCAUCCACGACAUCGACCUGGCGCUGUGGUUCUUCGGCGAGGACAUCAAGAUCAAGAGCGUCACCGCCAUCGGUAUCACCGCCGUGCAGCCCGACUUGCGCAAGCACAACGAUCGUGAUAAUGCACUCGGCAUCAUUGAGUUCUACGGCGGCAAGAUCGCCCAGUUGUACUGCUCUCGCAUGAUGGCGGCUGGCCAGGAAGACUGCACCGAGAUCUUCGGUACCAAGGGCAAGAUCGCCGUCAACACCCAGCCGCAACUUAACUUGGUGAACCUGUACGAGCCUACCGGUAUCCGCCGCGAGAUUCCUUCUGACUACUACGGUCGGUUCCGUGAGGCGUUCAUCACUGAGGCCAACGAGUUCACUGCUUCCGCUUUGGAUAACACCCCUCCCCCGCUUCGUUUGGAUACUGCUGUCAAGGCUGUCACCAUCGGUGCUGCCCUGCAGGAGUCUCUCAUCACGGAGAAGAAGAUUGAGUUCACCGAGGAUGGCAAGCGAGUGACCAAGUAG